AUGGCGACCAACGCAGACGCGGGGGAACCAAGCCUCGCUGAUUUUUACGUGCGAUACUAUACAGGGCAUCAAGGCCGACAUGGUCAUGAGUUCUUAGAGUUCGAAUACGAUCGUGGACGUCUGCGUUAUGCCAACAACAGCAACUACCGGAAUGACUCGCUUAUUCGGAAAGAAAUGUGGGUGAGUCCACUGGUUGUGAAAGAGCUGCGGCGGAUCGUGGAAGAUAGUGAGAUCCUCAAGGAAGACGACGCGAAGUGGCCCAAAAAGAACGUCGUAGGACGUCAAGAGCUGGAAGUCCGGCUCGGUAAGGAGCAUAUUUCGUUUGAGACGGCCAAACUUGGAUCGCUCGUUGAAGUACAGGAUAGCGAAGAUCCAGAAGGACUACGUGUCAUGUAUUAUCUCGUGCAAGAUCUUAAGUGCCUGAUUUUCAGCUUGAUCUCGCUGCAUUUCAAAAUCAAGCCAAUCUCUGUAUAA